AUUACAAAUUCACGUGCAUCUUGUUUUCGUAAGGAGUCAUGGCUGCUGUGGCGCUCGUGCAGGGUGCGAGCAGAGGUCUGGGCUUUGAGUUCUGCAGAUAUCUACUCUUAAACAAAUCUCAGGCAGCUGUGAUCGCAACAUGCAGAAACCCGGAGGCCUCGCAACAUCUGGCAGCCCUGAGCGCGCAGCACGCGGACAGGAUGACUGUAAUGAAACUGGAUGUCAGCAGGGAAGAUGACAUCAAGAGAACUGCCGAGAGAGUCAAAGCUGACUUUGGGAAAGUGGAUUUGAUCAUUAAUUCUUCAGCCAUGCUUCAUCCCUCCGGUAAAGGAGAAACAAGUUUACGAGACGUGUCCGCUCAGGCAAUAAUUUCCACUUUGACCACUAAUACAGUGGGUCCACUGGUGAUGGCCAAGUAUUUUGCCCCCCUGCUUCAGAAGGGAACUGGGGCUUUUGGCCAACAGUUCCCAGAGAAAGAGAAACAGCAUAGUGGCAUCAUUGUAAACAUGACUGCUAGAGUGGGAUCUAUAGGAGACAAUGCUUUUGGAGGAUGGUACAGCUAUAGGAUGUCUAAAGCUGCCUUAAACAUGGCCACCAGAAACCUGUCCAUUGAGCUGGGUCGUGGGCGCUCUAAAAUUGUGUGUGUAUCCCUGCAUCCUGGAACCGUGAAUACAGAUUUGUCUCGGCCGUACCAUCGAAACGUACCCAAGGACAAACUGUUCAGUACAGAGUACUCAGUCCAGUGCCUUAUGAAGAUUAUAGACACUCUAAAUAUAGACAAAACAGGUAAAGCCUAUGCAUGGGACAAUACUGAAAUACCUUGGUAAAUGGUCUUGUCAAAAACUACAGUAUUUUGUUUGUACCCCAUUUAAAUAUAAGGUGGAUGAGAGAAAAUGUUGAAAAACAAUGCUGAAGUCUUGUACAAAAAAACGAAUGUUUGCAUAUUAAAGAAACAUUGGAAUUAAAAGUUAUUGUUGAAAAUCUUUGAAA